CCGGUUCAGUUCGCAUCGACGGAAUCGAGCGCUAGGGUUGCCGCGCCGCCGCCGGACCCGACCUCGCCGCCGCCCCUCUUCCUCCUAUUCUCCAGGCACCGGAGCCGCCCGCCGCCUCUCAGCGGGAAAGGGGAAGGCCCAGAGCAAUGGCAUCCUGCGCGACGACGCCGCCGGCGGGGAAGCGGCCGGCGACGGGCGGGCGGGAGGGCGACCAGAUGGUGAUCACCCCGCUCGGCGCCGGCAGCGAGGUCGGCCGCUCCUGCGUCCACAUGACGUUCAAGGGGCGCACAGUCCUCUUCGACUGCGGCAUCCACCCCGCGUACUCCGGCAUGGCGGCUCUCCCAUAUUUCGACGAGAUCGACCCCUCCGCCAUCGACGUCCUGCUCGUCACCCACUUCCACCUGGACCACGCCGCCUCGCUGCCAUACUUCCUGGAGAAGACGACGUUCAAGGGCCGCGUGUUCAUGACCCACGCCACCAAGGCCAUCUACAGGCUGCUGCUCUCGGAUUAUGUCAAGGUCAGCAAAGUGUCUGUGGAGGACAUGCUCUUCGAUGAGCAGGACAUAAUCCGGUCCAUGGACAAAAUCGAGGUCAUAGACUUCCACCAGACACUGGAAGUUAAUGGCAUACGCUUCUGGUGCUAUACUGCUGGCCAUGUACUUGGUGCUGCCAUGUUCAUGGUGGAUAUUGCUGGUGUACGCAUUCUUUACACUGGUGACUACUCCCGUGAAGAAGACCGUCACCUCAAAGCUGCUGAGAUACCCCAGUUCUCCCCUGAUAUUUGCAUUAUCGAGUCAACUUACGGUGUGCAGCAACACCAACCCCGCCAUGUCAGAGAGAAGCGCUUCACUGAUGCCAUCCACAACACAGUUUCUCAAGGGGGCCGUGUUCUUAUCCCAGCAUUCGCUCUUGGUAGAGCACAGGAACUGUUGCUUAUCCUGGAUGAGUAUUGGUCUAACCACCCAGAGCUCCAUAAGAUUCCAAUCUAUUAUGCCUCCCCUCUUGCGAAGAAGUGUAUGGCUGUCUACCAGACAUACAUAAACUCCAUGAAUGAAAGGAUAAGGAAUCAGUUUGCACAGUCCAAUCCGUUCCAUUUCAAGCAUAUUGACCCUUUGAAUAGCAUUGACAACUUCCAUGAUGUGGGUCCGUCAGUGGUGAUGGCAAGUCCAGGUAGCCUCCAAAGUGGCCUCUCCAGGCAGCUCUUUGACAAGUGGUGCACAGAUAAGAAGAACACAUGUGUUAUUCCAGGUUAUGCUGUGGAAGGCUCGCUUGCAAAGACCAUCAUCAACGAACCGAGAGAAGUGACACUAGCAAAUGGGCUCACUGCUCCUCUUAAUAUGCAGAUCUUCUACAUCUCCUUCUCAGCUCACGCUGAUUUUCCACAGACGAGCGGCUUCUUGGAAGAGCUUCGCCCACCCAACAUUAUUCUUGUCCACGGAGAAGCAAAUGAGAUGGGUAGGCUUAAGCAGAAACUUAUCACCCAGUUUGAUGGGACAAACACAAAAAUUGUGUCUCCCAAGAACUGCCAAUCGGUCGAGAUGUAUUUCAGCUCUGAGAAAAUGGCCAAGACAAUUGGCAGACUGGCAGAGAAGGUACCGGAAGUGGGCGAAACAGUCAGCGGCUUGCUUGUGAAGAAGGGGUUCACAUAUCAGAUUAUGGCCCCUGAGGACCUCCGUGUGUACACGCAGCUGUCUACUGCCAACAUUACUCAGCGGAUAGCUGUCCCGUAUUCUGGUUCUUUUGAGGUGAUCAAGUACAGACUGAAGCAAAUAUAUGAGAGCGUGGAAUCAUCAACCGAAGAAGAUGUUCCAGUACUGACUGUUCACGAGAGGGUGGCCAUCCGCCUGGAUUCAGAGAGCUACGUGACGCUGCAGUGGUCGUCCGAUCCCAUAAGCGACAUGGUGUCCGACUCGGUGGUGGCCAUGAUCUUGAACAUUGGCCGUGAGGGUCCAAAGGUUGUUCCGAUCGAAGAAGCGGUGAAGACGGAAGAAGAAACAGAGAAGGUGGCGCGGAAGGUGGUGUACUCUCUGAUGGUAUCACUCUUCGGCGACGUUAAAGUUGCAGAGGAAGGGAAGCUUGUUAUAACUGUGGAUGGAGACGUCGCGCACUUGGAUGGCAGGAGCGGUGAUGUUGAGUCCGAGAACGCUGGGCUGAAAGAGAGGAUCAAGACCGCGUUCCGGCGCAUACAGGGUGCGGUGAGACCGAUCCCGCUUUCAGCCUCCUGAGCUGAAGCCAUGAGAAUUUUCUAUGGCUCGUGAUUGAACAAGGCACUAGCAGGCUGUGUUACGUGUUGUUAUGCAGCCAUUUUAAUCUUGAGCGGAAUGUAAUUCUACCACCUGUUGUGCUUUGCUAGAUGAUCAGUAGUCCUUAGAAGUUAUCUGAAGAAUCCUCUCACUUGCACUGAAUUUGAGCUGUGGUGCUUUACUAGAUGAUCAGGUAGGCCUGUUUUACUGCCUCUGGAACAUGAUCGAGUUGUAGCAUUGUGGACAAUUUGUAGAAGUUAUGUGAACAAUCCUCUCAUUGGCACUAAGUUUGAGCUGAAGUUGCAGUGCAUCUGAGCCUUUCAA